AUGAGCGGAUAUUUUCUCCCCCUUUUGCAUCGACUCUCACGACUUAUUUGCCGCGCAAUAUAUUAUGACUCUUGUGAACAUGCAGCAAACGAGCUUCUCUCCAAUCUAGUUAGUUUGUGCUUACAAGCUAAUCGUGUUGCAUUUCGUGAAUAUGAACUAUUGGAAGUGAAAUUACUCACCAAUUACGCGAUAUGGCAAUCAAAUUUGUGCAAUCAAUCUCCAAAUACUGAAUCUACGGGUCUGACUAAUUCAUACUCAUCUAUUUGUGAUUAUUUUGGCUAUCCCAGUAGGUUUGUCAGUUAUGCAAAUGUAAAUAAAUGUAGCCCGUAUUCCGCAAGCUUUAGCCAAUUGGGCUUUUUGCGGGGACUUUGUGAAAACUUGCGUCAAGGGCUUAGCCAGGCCAAUAGUCUUACAAAUCAGCUUGAACAAAGUUUUUAUCAAAUGAGGCAUUUACUUCGUGCAGACAGCAUAUUCCAACCAUAUAUAAUGAUAUCCUCAAGAAGGUUAAUAGAGGAUAGUGUUGUUCCUUUAGUUACUGCUGCACUUACAGCUGCUCAUCACCUCGUACAUUCUGGACUAAAUCUUUUGGCACACACUGAUCUGACUCAGUAUACGCAUGAAGAGCUUUGGGAAAUGGCUCGUGGCAUGGAAGAACUAGGUAUUCUUGGAACACGACUUCAAGUAUCUCAACAAAAUCGUCGUCAUCAAUCGAUUAAAUCUCUUCUCUAUGAAAGUCUGAUCAGUAAAGGCCAUAAAAGUGAGGAGCAGACUAAGUCCACAGGCAAAAUACUCGCUCUAAUUGAAGCCUCCGGACUUUUUGUUGAUCCUGCAUUCUCUAUCGGCUCAAUAUCUGUGGGUCGUAUAUUUUAUUUUCUGGCUAAUCAGCGAUCCUUCGCAACAGCUCGAUCAAUAAGGCAUAAACUUCUGCAUAGUCCGGUGUGCAUAUCCUAUAUUAACCAAGGUUCAAGGCAACUUAAUGAUGCUGAAGCACUAUGCACUUCAUUUGUAAAGUAUCUACAAGACAGUGAUGGCAUGCUUUUAGAAGACUUCCUACGUGGAGAGUACGAAUUCAGCUCUGGAUUUCUUGAUAUUUUGUCACAAUCUACUGAAAUGCUGCGACAAAUACAAAAACUUCAACUUGCCUCAAAUGCAACAAUGGCUGAAGAGGCGCUGAUUGCUAGCCAGUUACCCACAUAUAGAAUUCACAAGCAGAGUCAAAAACCUCACCACCACAGCAACAACCAACAACGCCUAAAUACAGCAAAUGAAAACGUUUCAAAAUCUUGCUUUGACGAAACGCUUAAAUUUGAGUUAGAUUUCUGCCAUGAUCCAAACAAAGAGUCUUUGCUAAAUGCCAGGCGUCGCCACCAGCAAUUACUAUCCAAAGCAGGGACAUUGGAUCGUUAUGUUGCUAUGGCAACCAAGCAGAAUUCACCACCUAACGCAGAACCA